UGCCCCUCCGCAGCUCUCACCUUCGCUGAUAAGUAACGCAAGCUCACACGCACGCAGCCAGUUUUCUUCUUCGCAUUCCAGAGAGAAACUAAACAACGUAAAAUCAACAUGGCGGCAACUGCGUCUUCUCCUUGGGGCAAACCUGGUGCGUGGGCUCUCGACGCCGAAGAACACGAGGACGAACUCCGUCAACAACAAUUCGAUUCUCCCCAUAAAAUCGAUGAUUCUUCUGGUGAGUCUGGAUUUCCCUCUCUAGCCGCCGCCGCCAAAAACCUCAAGAAGAAGAAGAAGAUGAAGAAACAAGCCCUAUCUUUAGCUGAAUUCACCGCCUAUGACUCCAGCAAGUCAGACCAGCCCACCCAAUAUAGAGGCCUUGCUCAUGAUGAUCUCCUCAAUCUCCCAACUGGCCCCCGCCAGCGUUCUGCUGAAGAGCUCCACCAGUCUAGGCUCGGUGGCGGCUUCAAAUCGCAUGGUAUGAGCAACCGUAACGGUGACGAUUCGUCUAACUCGAGAUGGGGUGGUGGUCAUUCUAGGUUUUCUAGUAGAGAUAGGGAUACGACCAGAGAUUUAGCGCCUUCGCGUGCUGAUGAGACUGAUGAUUGGUCUAAAUCGAAAAAAUCAACGGUGGGUAAUGGCUACGAAAGGAGAGAAAGGGGAUCUUUUUUUGAUUCUCUGUCAAAAGCCGAUGAGUUGGAUAGCUGGGUAGCCAAUAAGCCAACAGAGGCGCGGAGAUAUGGUGCUACUAAAGAUGGAUUUGAGAGGAGGGGGAGUUUCGAUUCGUUGUCCAGAGAUAGAAACGGGUCUAAUAGCGGUGGUGCUGCAGCAGAUUCCGAUAACUGGGGAAGGAAGAAGGAGGAGGUUAAUGGAACAGCGAGUUCAAGGCCAAAGCUUAUAUUGCAGCCACGUACAGUUCCUGUAAAUAACGAGAAUGGCGCAGCAGCGAAACCCAAAGGUUCGAGCCCAUUUGGAGAUGCGAGGCCAAGAGAGGAGGUGUUAGCUGAGAAAGGAAAGGACUGGAAAGAGAUUGAUGAGAAGCUGCAGUCUGUGAACAUCAAUAGUAAGAAAGAAAUUGGAAAAGGUGAGAGAGGUAAUUCGACCUCAAUUGGGAGGUGGAGCUUUGGGAAUGGUCGUGGAGGUUCUGGCACUGACCGUGUAGAAAGGAGCUGGAGGAAGCCUGAUGCAGCUGAUUCCAAUUCUCGUCCUCAGAGGAGGUAUUGUUAGCUUUAUAUGGGACACUGGAGGGAUGUUGUUUCUGAUCUCACUAGGUUUUGAGGGUUCUUCAAGGGACUUGAGUUUCUCAAAAUUGUAGAGAAGUAUCCUUUGUCACUUGGGUUUUCCAACUCUUUUUUCUAUAAGCAUGACAUGAGAGUAUUAGAGUUUUCAGGUAUUUCUAUUCAGUGCCUUUUGUUGCAUCCUUGCCCUUCCUCCCUAAGUCCCUGGUAUUCCACAGUGUUUUUCUUAAAACUCCUAGUUGGUUUUUACAAAUCCAUGAGACAAUAAUUUGAAUGAGGUCUCAACUCUGAAAAUCUAUUUGCUAGCGUAUAAUAAUUUUAUGGAGGCUGUACUAUGCGGGGGUGGGUGUUUGUAUAUUAUUUAUUUUUGUUGUGGCUCAAUUUGGAUCACCUAGUCAUGUAUGAUAGAUAAACUCGUAUGGAUUUUGGCCCUCUAAAAUUACUGUGAUUAUUCUGAUUACCCCAGGAAAAAGUAUACGCCCUAUUGUCUUGCAGUUUCUGCUUUUUCAUUUUUUAUAUUUAUUUGUUCCAUCCUUUGUCCA